CAGCCCUGAGACACAGGGGAGCGACAAGAAGGCUGGUCAAACAGUGGCGAGAGGAAGUUUUGGGGAAGUUUUGCUGCUGUAAGUGGCGGCUGCGGGGACAAAGACAGAGACAGGGACUGGGACCAUGCAUCGCAGGUGAGCGUGUUGGAGAUGACCACCAAUUUCCAGCGGUUGCCCCGUCCCCUGAAAAGAGCCCAACAACUGGCCGCUUGCAGGACGGUGCGUGUCGCGGUGCUGGGCCAAGCGGCAGUGGGGAAAACAGCGAUCACAGUGCGUUUCAUCACAAAACGCUUCAUCGGCGAGUACGACCCGACUUUGGAAACAAUAUACAGACACACGUUCUCAGUGGACGGUGAAUGCGUGCAGUUUGAGAUCCUCGACACUGCUGGACAGGAAGAGGAUGCGAUGUUAAUCGAGGAGAAGAUCAAAUGGGCGGAGGGAUUCAUCAUCGCCUAUUCUGUGACGGACCGCUGCAGCUUCGAUGAGGUCCUCCGUCUUCGCUUCCUCAUCAGCCACAUCCACUCCAACGUGAAGCGCUGCCACAGCGACACGCCGCCGCCCGUGGUGAUUGUCGCCAACAAGAAGGACCUCCAGUACGACCGCAUGGUCACCACGGACGAGGGCAGCAACAUCGGGCAAGCGCUAAAGUGCCCCUUCUUCGAGGUUUCGGCCAGGGACAGCUACGAGGAGACGGUGGCGGUCUUCAGCCUGCUUUACCGGGAGGUGGCCAGCACGGGAGCCCUCUCCGCCUUCCGCAGGAAAGUCUCCUCCAAACUCAUGGACAAGAUCCCCAGGAUCCACUCAACGGCCACCACAAGCCUGGCCUCGCGCAGUUUCAGCCUCAGCUCCAUGAAGGACUUCUUAACCGAUUGACUGCUCCUGCAAGACACUGCACCUUGUGUGGGAAGGAACUGCAAGACCCUGGUCACAGUUUAAGGAUAAGGGGGAAAAUCUUUUAGGACCGAGAUGAGGAAAACAUUUUUCACAGUGAGUGGUGAAUCUGUGGAAUUUUCUGCCACACUUGGUUUAAAACCUCAGCUGAGAGAUUAUUUUGCUUGCAGGCCAAGCUGUCAGCUGGAUAAAUCUCUGUGACACAGGGGCCAUGAAAGGAUGAGGGUCCAAGAUUGAUUAAUUCAUUAAUCCCACAAUGAUUACACUACCCAUGGCCAUUUAUACAUGCAAUCAAACUCCCAAAAUAUUAUGAAACUUGAAAAGACCAACAUGUAAAUAUUUGCAUUCCUAUGUAGCGCAGAAUUAAAUUCCUCCAUCCACUUUUAGCAAUUAUUUUUCAUCAGCAUUACCAUAUAACAUAUAACAAUUACAGCACGGAAACAGGUCAUCUCGGCCCUUCUAGUCCGUGCAGAACACAUAUUCUCUCCAGUCCCAUCUACCUGCACUCAGACCAUAACCUUCCAUUCCUUUCCCGUCCAUAUAACUAUCCAAUUUAUUAUUAAAUGAUAAAAUCAAACCUGCCUCCACCACUUCCACUGGAAGCUCAUUCCACACAGCUACUACUCUCCGAGUAAAGAAGUUCCCCCUCAUGUUACCCCUAAACUUCUGUCCCUUAAUUCUCAAGUCAUGUCCUCUUGUUUGAAUCUUCCCUACUCUCAGUGGGAAAUGUUUAUCCACGUCAACUCUGUCUAUCCCUCUCAUCAUUUUAAAGACCUCUAUCAAGUCCCCCCUUAACCUUCUGCGCUCCAAAGAAUAAAGCCCUAACUUGUUCAACCUUUCUCUGUAACUUUUGCUGAAACCCAGGCAACAUUCUAGUAAAUCUCCUCUGUACUCUCUCUAUUUUGUUGACAUCCUUCCUAUAAUUAGGCGACCAAAAUUGUACACCACACUCCAGAAUUGGCCUCACCAAUGCCUUGUACAAUUUUAACAUUACAUCCCAACUUCUAUACUCAAAAGCAUUGUGCGCUUUUUACACCAUUCAUUGCAAUACUGUGGUGGUAUGGUUAUGCGUAUUUUCACACUUAUGGGUAAAACUGACCUAUGCAUGUCUGUAAAAAAAACAGAAGCAGUUGGUUACCUUGGCAUGGUCUGUACAUAAAUACAUUGAGAGUUAAAGGUUAUGCCAUUCUUUUGAAUCACCCCCAACAUCAGGGGCGGCACGGUGGCGCAGCGGGUAGAGCUGCUGCCUCACAGCACCAGGGACCCGGGUUCCGUCUGGACUAUGGGUGCUGUCUGUACGGAGUUGUACGGAGUUUGCACGUUCUCUCCGUGACCUGCGUGGGUUUUCUCCGAGAUCUUCAGUUUCCUCCCACACUCCAAAGACGUGUAGGUGUGUGGGUUAAUGGGCUUCGGGUAAGAAUUGUAAACUGUCCCUGUGUGUGUGUGUAGGAUAGUGCUAGUGUACGGUGAGAUCAUUGGUUGGCACGUACCCGGUGGGCCGAAGGGCAUGUUUCCGCGCAGUAUCUCUAGAGUCUAAAUUAAAUUCUUCAUCUUUCCUUUUCCUCAAUGGAUUGCUUUGAUAAUUGGAGCUAGGGAGGUUCACUUGCUCAGCUUUUGUGCUGACUCUCAGGGCUAAAGGAGUCAAGGGAUAUGGGGAGAAAGCAGGAGCGGGGUACUGAUUCUGGAUGAUCAGGCAUGAUCAUAUUGAAUGACGGUGCUGGCAUGAAGGGCCGAAUGGCCUACUCCUGCAUGUAAUUUCUAUGUUUCUAACUAGGAACUGCCAUAAGAAAAGUUGAGGAAACGGGAUACAGCCAGGGUCUAAUUGAA